CCCUCCUAACCCAAAUCACAGCGCUCCAGACAGGACCCACUGACACCUAUCAACUGAUUUCAACUCUAAUUCGGAAAACGCUGAUAUUUUAACCUAGCAUACUCAUAGUUCAGCAGGUGAUUAUCAACAACUUGCAAGUUAACUUUAGGCAUAUACUCGGUAAGUUAGUGUACUUUUAAAAGUGUAUUUUUGACAUAAGGAAAUAAGUUGUGCCGCAGCAGAAUAAAGGAGGCUAUCCUUUUCAGUAUCAGGCAGCAACUUUACCAAACUAUCUGACUUUGUGUUCAGCUUUUGAGGAGUCUCUCCAUCGUUUGACUUUAUUCACCAUGCAACAACGGCUUCCACAUAGGAUGUACCCCGAAAGGAAGGUAUUUUGGUGACUUAGUUUGAGAACGUUUGAACGGGAAUAUUGCGUCAAUAAAGGUGAUUCUACUCUGCGUUAACCGGGGCCACUAGUUCUACCUGUCACGGAAUUCUUUCAACCAACCACUCCCACCCGGUCCCCUCGUGCUGUCUUUCCGUGGGUCGCCUGCCUCGCCCGCUAACCGUGAUGGCGUGCGGUUGGAGUCCGGGAGCUGUCACGGUUUGGAGAACUACCGUUUUCCUGCUCAACAUCGCGUGCACAGCGUCGGCCAAGAGACACGUCGUCUACUGGAACUCCACCAACACUAGUUUGACGGGAGGGGAUCUGUCCAUCCAGGUGAAUCUGAAUGACUACCUGGAUAUUUACUGCCCCCACUACCCUCACCCGUCUCCCCCCAGUGAGGUCUACCCCCAGGUCCCACCAGACAGCCUGGCCCUGUACCUGGUGGCUGAGGGGGGGUUCAGGGGCUGUGUGGAGACCCAAGGGGCCAUCAAGAGAUGGGAGUGUAACAGCCCCCAUGCCCCCUUAGGCCCUGUCCGCUUCUCAGAGAAGAUCCAGCGCUUCACCCCCUUCUCUCUGGGCUUCGAGUUCCUCCCCGGACACCACUACUACUACAGCUCAUUGCCUACAGGGGAAAGCUCACCGCUGCCCUGCAUGAAGCUGCGAGUCACAGUGUGCUGUGAGCCCACAACCGUAGGGUCCAAGCAGAAUAAGCAGGAACAAGGCAAUCAAAAAGAAUUGUGGGGAACACACUGAGGGUACCGCCUCACUUCACCUCACACGCUCCGAACCACAUCGGCUGAUUGACAGAUGCUCCUCACCAACCAGGUGUGUAGGUACAGUAUUUAGACUGUCUGCUGAGCACUUAACCAGGUGAGGACCUCUACCAAUGAGAAGAGGCCAAAGCUGGUGUUUGUUUGAAUAGAGGUUUUUGUUUUAGUGCAGUAAAGAUUCUGCUUUAGGUGUUUCAGUUAAAUGUUGAUGUUUUGUAGAGGUCCUGUAAUGUUGGCAUCCAUUUUGAUUAUUUGAAACAUCCUGAUUUUUAUUUUUACAUGGCUGAACUUUUUUUAUACAAAUGUUUACAGGUCUAGAUUUAGAUUGCUGUUGUUUAUAGUGCUAUCAAGAAUAACUAAAGCACUUUAGUACAGGUUACCCUGUAUUUUUCUUUCAGUUAUAAAACAUACAUUUUCAUCAUCUUUUCCUUAAACAAAUAGCAUUAAAUGCCAUUUUAUUAUCAAAGCAAUUUAAAUGAAUUCAUUUUAUUUUGAUUGUUUCAUAUAUUUUAUCUGUUUGUUAGAUAUGACAUUUUUGAAUUUAUUACUUCAAUGCAAUUUCAUGUUCCAAUCACAAAAGUAAUAUAUCACUAAAGUUAAUUUACAGUAGAAGUGUUACAAAAAUAUCACCAACCUAGCAAACAUGCAUGUUUUCUUUUCAAAAGUGAAACUGAAAUUAUUAACUGAAAUUAUUUUUAUUAAUUUAAUCCCACAAAAAAUAGUGUAUAUUUAAUUAAAUUCAUAAUUCUGAUUCGUUUCUUACCUUAAUCCAACAUCAUUCUUAAAUACAGGCUUUUCUGGGCUGCAGUUUUUCCCACAUUCUAAUGUUGUCUUUGGUCACAGCAUUUAGAAAAACAAUGUUUUCUUUCAGAAUAAAUAUGUUGACUAUUAGUUAUUCCUGUAAGCACUUACUCAGAGAGAUGAGUCUGUAGUAUUACUUUACACACACAUUUGGAUAACAAUAUGCUUCAAUGACAGUUAAAUAUUUUGUUCUAGUCUACGCAGGUUAUUCAGGAAUGUAAUGAUUAUUCCAGGGGUUUAAACACUGAUGUCUGGAACCUUGUUGUAUAAAGUUGGAGCUCCCAGAUGUAGUUUUUUUGUUUUCACAUUUUAGUGAAGUAUGAAACAUCUUCUAUGAAGAGCGAACUGCAAACAGCCCUUUUAUACAAGGUGAGAUGACAAAAUAAAGAUGAUUGCAAUAAGA